AUGGCUCAGUGGUUAUUUGGAAUGUCAAUACUUCGACUGGUACUGAACGAGAUUAUUGGGAGCAGUGGCCCAUUGUACGACGGCCACCCUGAGGUCUUGCAGAGAAUUCGCCAGGCCAGCAAUGGACUUGAUGGUGAAAUCUCUAGUGAGGGUUAUCAACCAGCCCUGGUUGCAUAUACUGCAAAGAAUAUCUCUCAAAUCUCCCGCCAAGUUCUUGCAUUUGCGCCCAAGUUCAUAGUUGAAGAGGAAACAGUCCCUCGCUUUCCUAAAAUGGCCCGAUGCCUAGUACUACCUCUGGUGCUUAUUCAGAGCGUCCUUUACUGCCCAACUCAUAUUUAUCAAGAAGUUAAUAACCUGCUUUUAAGGCUCGAAAAUGAUAUGGAGUUAUCACAAGGUCAAUUUGCCGCAACGGUUUCUUAUGCAUCGAGACUGGUAGGAGAAUGGCUUCCUCUUUGCCAUAUAAUCUAG